AUGGCAAUACAUACAGAUAUAGCUGCUUGCAUAUUUGGAAUAAUAGCUUCAAUUCUUUUAUUUGUAGUAUCAGGGUUAUUUUAUGAAUUUAAUGGAUUAACUGGAUGCUUUGUAUUUUUAGGAGUUUUUUUUUUACUUUAUACUUUAUUUGCCUUUUUAAUACCGAAUACGAAAAAUUCAAGAGAUUUUGUCUUUUCUUAUGGAGUAAGUACAGGAUGCAUGUUUGUUGCUUGCUUAAUGACUUUUAUUAUAAUGUCUCAUUUUCACACAAGACCUCAUUGUAAUGUUGGAACUAAAAGUUGCGCUAAAUAUAUUUUUGGUUCUCUUUUCGGAUUUCUUUCAUCAGGAUUUUUUUUGGUUGCAUCAAUAUUAUCAUUUAAAGUAGUACAUAUUUGGUAA